AUGUCAGAUUUAUAUGAAAUAUUAGGCAUUGAUUCAUCAGCCAGUGAUUCUGAUAUCAAGAAGGCUUACAGAAGAUUGGCUUUACGAUACCAUCCUGAUAAAGUGAGUGAGGAUGAAAGGAUUGAAGCUGAGAUCAAAUUCAAAGAGAUAUCUCAUGCUUAUGAAGUAUUGAGUGAUGAGACCAAAAGAAACAAUUAUGAUAUGUAUGGUACAGAUGAUGCCGCAGGUUUCAAUGGUGGUACAUAUAAUGGUAGUGAUAAUCCAUUUGAUAAUUUUUUUACUUCGAACGGACCCGAAUUCACCGCCAAUGACUUUUCUAAUUUUUUCAGUGGUAUGAAUAACAACUCACCUAAGAAAUCUAAGAAAACUGAAGAUGCCGUGUUAAAUGUCGAUGUUACUCUAGAAGAUUUAUAUAAGGGGAAAACAAUCAGAUCAACAUCCACCAGAAAUGUCAUAUGUAAAAGAUGUGAAGGUAGAGGAGCCAAAAAGGCUGCCACUCCAAAGACAUGUGGAAAUUGUGAAGGUCACGGAUAUGUCACCAAGAUCAGUCGUGUAGGUCCAGGAUUAGUAAGUCAACAAAAAGUCGCCUGUAAUAAAUGUGAAGGUAGUGGGAAAGUUUAUCGAACAAAGGACUAUUGUAAAAGAUGUCAAGGUAAAAGAGUUGUGGAAGAAACCAAGAUUUUGGAAUUUAUCAUCGAAAAAGGAUGUAAGAGUAAUGAUUCUGUCAUAUUGAAAGGAGAAUCUGAUGAAUAUCCCGGCAAAGAAACCGGGGACGUGAUUUUGAAAUUCACCUGUAAAGACCAUUCCACUUUUAAACGUCAAGGUGAUGACCUAUAUACCAAAUUCAAGAUACCUUUGGUUGAUUCAUUAUGUGGGUUUUCUAAGAUAGUCACUAAACAUCUUGAUGGGAGAGAUAUCAAAGUUUCAACUCCUCAAGGUAAAGUCAUUAAACCAGGUGAUUUCUUAAAGAUUAAGAAUGAAGGUAUGCCUAUGAAGAAAUCUUCAUGGUUUAGUUCUAAAACUAAAGGUGAUUUAUAUAUCGAGAUUGAGAUCGAAUUUCCUAAAGAUAAUUGGUACUUGGAAAAGAAUGAUCUCCUCAAAUUAAGAAACGUCUUACCAGGAGAUAGGAAAUUAAAUGAUAGCGACGUUUUGGAAGAAAAUAUCGAAUUGAUCACAGAUUUUACUUUGGUCAAUAAGAACAAUCUCCCUGAAUAUAAAGAACAAGAAAUUCCAAAUGGACAUGCUCAUGCUAACGGACAUGCUCAUCCCGGAUACGAUGAUGAUUAUGAGUAUGAAUAUGCUAAUCCACAACCUGAAUGUAGACAACAAUAG